UGGCUUAAACAUUGAUUUGUCGUUGUUGUGUUCGUGAUUGUAUCGCUGUUUACCCCCCAUGAGAAGUCGCUCUUACGAUUGCGAGAUGCGAAAGGCAUUCUCUUCGAACAGCGGAUGAGUUUAUUUCCAAAUCAAGUGGCAGACGCGCCGAGCUGUAGCUAUGUUAAGUGUCGUUGAGAAGAUGACGAUGAGAGUUGGAAGUAGAUGCAACUGUGGGAAGAUGAUGUUGGGACUACAUUAAUAUUAGCAAGAAGAGAACGAUUGUUUGCUGAGUAUACAAGAACAUCGCUUUCAGUUCCAGCUGUGUGACAAAGUGACUUUGAAUGCUUCCAAAUUCCAAAUUCAAUCGACAUGAUAGAGAAAGCCGGAGAGGAUUAAAAAUCUUGUGUUACCACAUUUGAAAAGACGAGAUAGUAUCCACUAGUAGACGACUUCAGUGAAGAGCCAAUUCAUCUCUUGUGUCGCUUCAGAAUCUUUUUCGAAAAAAAGCAAACACUCAAAAUGGCGAAGACUCUCGCGGAGCAAGAUCCCGUCAUGGCGGAGCUGCUCGACGCGGAAAAAACGCGUCAGCAGUCCUGCAUUGAACUCAUCGCCAGCGAAAACUUCACGAGCAAGGCGGUAUAGGGAUACCGGACGAUUUUUUUCUUAUGCAUAAAACAGCCGUCAAUCUCGCAUAGGCUUAGGCAUGCAACAUUGAUCAAGACUUCUAGCACAUGUAAAAAGAAAUAGGUUGAAAAAAAACAAAUCUUAGGUGAUGGAAUGUCUCGGUUCUGUCCUGACUAACAAGUACAGCGAGGGGCAGGCGGGCGCCCGCUACUACGGUGGGAACGAGGUGAUCGAUAAAAUCGAGAAUCUCUGCAAGGACCGUGCGCUGUCCGCCUUCGGCCUGGACCCCGAGGAGUGGGGCGUGAACGUGCAGCCAUAUUCUGGGUCGCCUGCCAAUUUUGCGGUUUACACCGGCUUACUGAAGCCACACGACCGGGUGAUGGGCUUGGAUCUGCCCUCAGGGGGACACUUGACCCACGGAUACUACACGGCGUCUGGUAAGAAGUACUUUCUUUCUAUGGUGAAACAUGUAGUUUUUGCUGUGCAUGCAACACGUAUGUAGUUACGCAUGACAAAGAACAAUGGUAUCCAUCUUGCUGAUGUUGUUCUUGCAUUACAACAAGGUAAGAAAAUCUCCGCCACCUCGAUCUACUUCGAAUCCUUGCCGUACACCGUCCGGUCCGAUACGGGUUUAGUGGAUUUCGAGCAGCUCCGGGAGCGCGCAAAGCUGUUUCGACCCGCGAUGCUACUGUGCGGCGCGUCGGCCUACCCGCGGGUCCAGGAGUGGGCAAAGUACAAGGAAAUCGCCGACGAGGUGGGCGCGAUUCUCAUGGCGGACAUGGCGCACAUCAGUGGAUUGGUCGCCACGGGGGAGCACCCUAGCCCGUUUCCGUUCUGCGAUGUGGUAUUCGCUUGUGUUGGUUUUUUCGGUGGCAUGGCAAAAUAUCACUCAUGAUCUCUGUGCUGCCCUGAGCAGGCAUUGCAAUCUGCUUGGCAGGUUGACGUCGAAAAAGCCGCACCAAAAAAUCGAUCAGGUCACCACCACCACACACAAGUCGCUCCGGGGGCCGCGAGCCGGUAUGAUCUUCUACAAAACCAAGGACGCAAAGUUCCCGAAUGUGAAGGAGAGAAUAGACAUGGCAGUGUUCCCCGCACUGCAGGGAGGGCCGCACAACCACCAGAUCGGGGCACUCGCGGUGCAGCUGGCAGAGGUGCAGACGGACGAUUUUAAAGUCUACGCCGGGAAUGUCGUGAAGAACGCAAAGGCGCUAGCGACGGCACUAGAGAAGCUGGGCAACAAGUAGCAAUUUACUGACAGUGGUCUUGUGAUGAUGCCCUUUUCCAUCUAUGAAAGCAAAGUCGUUUCUAGUUUCGCACUAAGUACUUAUGCAUCAUGGUCACCGUGAGAAGACGCAUGCUCAACACCUUCCGAAAUACCAUACCAGGCUCGUCGCCGGCGGCACGGACACCCACCUACUGCUCGUGGACUGCAUGAAGUGGGGCGUGAACGGAAGGAAGACAGAGUUGGUCUGCGAUUUGGCGUCGAUCACGCUGAACAAAAACUGCAUCCCGGGCGACACCAACGCCCUCAGUCCCAGCGGAGUCAGGAUAGGUAGAGAUAAUUUCAUUUGUCAUAAUUGCUGUGGAACAGCAGGACAAAAAAUGGCCGAGCUGCGCCUGCUCUUCUUGCAAUUUUAAAUUAUCAUGACAAAAAAAAAUCGAUGGUUUCCUUUCACCGGCCGAGUCGAAACGUCUUCUUCAGGUACCUGUGCCAUGACGACCCGGGGCUGCACGGAGGCGGAUAUGGUAAUCAUCGCGGAGUUCGUGCAUCGCGCCAUCCAAAUCGCAGUGAAAGUGCAGGAGGUGAAGGGAAAAAAAAUCAAGGAUUUCGAGCAGGACCUGUCGAGCAACCCGGACAUUGUCGCGCUAAAGGCCGAGUGUAACGCCUGGGCGGGGAAGUUCUUCUUCCCGGGGAUGGUGUAACUGUGAAAUAAACCAACUUGUUCCGCAAAAUUUUGUUCUUGCCACGAAACCUCCGCCUUUGUUCCAAAGCGAACACAAAAUGGAAUUUGUGAACACAAAAGAAAUCUUACAGUACAGCUUAUUUCCCCUCUUGCAAAUAAGUAGCGGUCGGACCUCGGUUUGCAGUUUCCCUCGACUACUACCUUCCGGCUGGGCUUGAUUCCCGCACUUUUGCGUUGUCUAUCUAAAGAACACAGUACAGCUGCGGCUACUAGGGUCGUCCUCCACUUGAAUUGCUUCGCGCCAGCACUUGCAGUUCAAGAAAACGAACGCCAUAACAAAGGAACCCACUACUUAGUACUUGCUUACCAAAGGCGUUUUUCAGGAAAAUUUUUGUCCAGUCCUAGUGUUUUCUUUUCCUGAAAAAGGGUUUGUUGACUCACCUCAAUGACGAUUGUUUAUUACGCGACCCGUGUAACAGACAGGCUCGCUUUUGGCGUUCUAACUCUACGGCAGACGCCUCUGAUCCAUCCGCAAGGAAAACGCGGACUACUCGCACAGGCCGGUGGGAGCUGAGUCCUCGCUAUGCCAAAGAACUUUUGUGAACUGUUUGAAAAAACUUUUAUUUUCCAACGAGAAGAUGAACCUCCUUUUCCGCUCGAGAAUAUCGAUUUCGGACAAUCUAAUUAUUAUUUUGACGCAAGAAAGUAGACUUUGAAGUUGAGAAAUUCCCGAAAUGAAAAAAAGCACUCUUUCCCAACAAAACAACA